AUGAGUGGCCAGUAUCGGCCAUGUUCAGUACAUUUUGUCUAUGGGCUAUUUCCGUUUUAUUUAUUAUAUGCCAAUUGUGCUAUAAAUGCCAAUAAAAUUUUUAAGCUAGUAAGUCGCAUGCAGUCAGUAAGUGAAGAAAUAAAAAUACGGCCAAUAUUUAAUACACAAGGGGUAUGUGUAAUAAACAGCGUAUUAUAUACGGGGUAUGAAUGCACAUUAUUUGGGACGAAUUCCCAGAAUGAAAUUGUAGAGCAGUUAGAGUUAGAGAGCGAAAUAGUAAAAAUAUUUCCGGUGUACGAUAAAGUUUUGAUAUCAACGAUUACUGGAAAGGUAUACGUAUACAAUCCAGCAGAGAGAAAUAGCAAGUUACAGUGUGUGUUUACCAAUUCUGUGAUUAAAACCAUUGACUUAGACGGUGAGGCGAUUGUUCUGGGAACUGCAGACGGUUCUGUUAUACUUAGCGAUGUACAGGGAUAUGGAGAGACUUUUAACAAAAAAAUGGAUGGAAUGAUUACUUUAGUUAAGUUCAUUAGUCUGAGCAGUAUUAAGCGAAGGUACAAUUCAAAGAACAAGCUAGUUGCUGUGGGGGAUGCAAUGGGAACAGUUACUCUAUUCAACACAACAGGAGAAGUUGUGUACAGAGAAAAAAACUGCCAUUCUGGCCAGAUUAUGUUCAUUGGUGAGCUUGGCAACAAAAUCCUCAGCUGUGGUAUGGAUGCACUGUUGAUAGAGCACAGUCUAGAAAGUGAAAUGAUAAUCAGAAACAUAAGCGAGAACAUUGAUGAGACAAUUGGUGCAUGCUCUUUGGUUGGGGACAGAUUAUUUAUGUGCUCAAAGGACUUGGUUAUAACUUUAUCUGCAGACUUAAAGAUAGUUGCAAAGAAGAGGCUGAACAUUCCUGAUAUAAAUGGGUUUGAUGUAUUUGGUGAGUGCUGUGCUAUCACGACAGACGAGCAUGACAUUGUGUUAGCAAGUGUAGUUCAAGACACUCUUGUUGUUGAUAAAGUAUUCAUAGGAAACAACGAUGAGAUAACAGAUCUACUGGUUAUGGAGAAUAUGGUUGUAGUUGGAACAAACAGCAGGUAUAUUCGCACUAUUAGUAAGAGUGAUAUUGAACGGCAGAAUGAAAACGGACUUAUCAGAAACAAGGCAUUUUCUGGUGAGUUAGUUAAGUCUAACAAUGAGGAGUGUGUGCUUUCCAUGUGUGGUUCAAAUAAGGUCUUUUACACCGGAAGCAAAGAUGGAAUUAUAUCCAAGUUUGAGGUGGUAACAGGCAAUAUUAGAGACAGCGUGUGUGCUGUUAAAAGUGUUUCCGCAGAAGCCCCCAUCACUGCAAUGUGUUUAUAUCAAGACAUUCUUAUCACAGGAACAGAGUAUGGAAUUAUCAAUGGAUGGAAAAUCGGGGAUACUCUUGAGCUGGUAUUCACAGCUUCUGCGAGCAGUUCAGAAAUAACCGGCAUAGUUGUGAAUAAUAAAAAAAUCCACUGCACAAGUAAAACAAAAGAAAUAAUUGUAGUGAAUCUAAAUGGAGGAAUGGACAGCAGCAUCUCCGGGCACAAGAAAGGAAUGUGGUCUAUAUCAGAGUACUGCCAAAUGCUCCUGACUGGUUCAAGCGAUAAAACUGCUCGGCUGUGGAAGGGUGACAUAAAUAGCACACUUCAGCACAACACCUCUGUGGUUAAGACUCUUCUUACUGAGAGAGCCAUAACAGCGACAUCUGAUGGAGUCCUUCGCGUGUGGAAUACCACCACGUACAAAGAAUUAGGUGCCAUUAGAGUAACAGAAAUAAAAGAUGAGAGAAUCUGGGCAAUAAAGAGAUAUGCAGGCACUGAGUACAUUGUCUCAGCAGGGCCUUCCAUUGUGAUUAUUAAAGACAGCUCAUGGGAAGUAGAAAAAAUGAAAGAGCAAAUGCAAAAAGAGGAUUACAUUGCAAAGCAGCACGCCAUAAUAUUUAUGAAAAAGGGUGAGUAUGUAUCUGCCGCCGUUGAAUAUUAUAAACUAAACUUAGAGAGAGAGCUAAAGGAUGCACUUAAAAGAAUCACAGGUGAGAUGGACAUAUCCCCGUUCAUGUCAGUUGUUCUGCUUGAUUCAUAUAAAUUCGUAAAGCGUGUGUCAAAAUGGGCCAGGUCUCCUUAUCUUUUUACGAUCACCCAGCGAAUCCUUCAAACAGCAAUUGAAAAUAGAAUAGAAAUACCCGUCAAAGAGGCAGAUGACCUUUCAAAAACACUUUUAAGAACUGCUGAACUUUUCAAUGCCGCAUAUUAGUAUAAGAAGUAACCAAAAUCUAAACAUAUUCAGAGCACCAAUCAGAUUUCGGGUUAUAUAAUAAAUA